AUGCUACAGAAGGUGGAUGAAGUCAAAGGCGGACAAGGAACAAUCGGAUCAUCAAGUGCUACGGGAUUCGUACCAGAUCCCAAUGUUCGUCUAACCCUAGACGCCGAUGGUGUCGUAUCAAAGUUCUCGACGCCUCCUGUUUCAACAAGACCGAAGCUUGGCGACUUCCCAACCAAGCAUUUCUCUGCAACCCCUAACCCUGGGAUCGAUUUAGGGUUUCAGUUACUGAACUCGGCGUCGACGGGCUUCUUUGCUGGAAUUUUCCGGCAACACAGAGUAAGGGCUCUAGUACAAGAUCAGUUCUUGAAAGAGCAACGUGUGGAGAAUGAAGCGUCCUUUCUCCGACGGGGAAAAAACCGAACAUGAGAUCACAGCUGUUUGGUCAGAAAUCUUUUAGCAGCA